AUGGCGGAAAACAAAGGAGGCGGCGGCGGCGGGGAGGGGGCCGCGGAGGCUGGGCUGGGCGGAGGCGGCGGCCUGGAGCCCGCCGCCGCGUCCCCCUCGGUCGCCGCGCCGCCCGCGGCCGCCGCCGCGCCGCCCGAGGAGCAGGAGAGCCCGGGCGCGGUGGCGGCGGCGGAGCGCGGUCCCGGGGAGGCGGAGGCCGAAGCGGCAGCGGGGCCCGGGGCCGCCCCGGGGCCGGGCCCCAGCCCGGUGCCGCCGCUGACGCCGGCGGCGCCGGGGCCCUUCUCGCUGCUGGACACCUGCGCCGUGUGCGCGCAGAGCCUGCAGAGCCGGCGCGAGGCCGAGCCCAAGCUGCUGCCCUGCCUGCACUCCUUCUGCCGGCGCUGCCUGCCCGAGCCCGAGCGGCAGCUCAGCGUGCCCGUGCCUGGCGGGGCCAACGGCGACAUCCAGCAAGUUGGUGUAAUCAGAUGUCCAAUAUGCCGCCAGGAAUGCAGACAGAUAGACCUGGUAGAUAACUACUUUGUAAAAGACACAUCAGAAACACCAAGUAGCUCUGAUGAAAAAUCGGAACAGGUGUGUACAAGCUGUGAAGAUAAUGCUAGUGCUGUUGGGUUUUGUGUGGAAUGCGGGGAAUGGCUGUGCAAAACUUGCAUAGAAGCUCAUCAGCGAGUAAAAUUUACUAAAGAUCAUAUGAUUAGAAAAAAAGAGGAUGUGUCUUCAGAGGCUGUGGGAGCAUCUGGUCAACGUCCGGUCUUCUGCCCUGUCCACAAACAAGAGCAGUUAAAACUCUUCUGUGAAACGUGUGACAGGCUCACCUGCAGAGACUGUCAAUUACUGGAACACAAAGAACACAGGUAUCAAUUUCUGGAAGAAGCUUUUCAGAACCAGAAGGGUGCAAUUGAGAACUUGUUGGCCAAACUUCUUGAAAAGAAGAAUUAUGUAAAUUUUGCAGCUACCCAAGUUCAGAAUAGGAUAAAAGAAGUAAAUGAAACUAACAAACGAGUAGAACAGGAAAUCAAAGUGGCUAUAUUCACCCUCAUCAAUGAAAUCAAUAAAAAGGGAAAAUCUCUCUUACAGCAGCUUGAGAAUGUAACAAAGGAGAGACAGAUGAAGUUAAUACAACAACAAAAUGACAUCACUGGUCUUUCGCGGCAAGUGAAACAUGUGAUGAACUUUACUAAUUGGGCCAUUGCCAGCGGCAGCAGUACUGCUUUGCUAUACAGUAAACGACUGAUAACAUUCCAGUUACGUCAUAUUUUAAAGGCACGUUGUGAUCCAGUCCCAGCUGCCAAUGGAGCAAUACGCUUCCAUUGUGAUCCUACGUUCUGGGCAAAGAACGUUGUCAAUUUAGGGAACCUUGUUAUUGAAAACAAACCAACUCCUAGUUACACUCCUAAUGUAGUAGUUGGACAGGCUCCCCCAGGAACAAACCAUAUCAACAAAACUCCAGGACAAAUAAAUCUAGCACAGCUGCGACUUCAACAUAUGCAGCAGCAGGUGUAUGCACAAAAACAUCAGCAACUACAGCAGAUGAGGAUGGGACAACCAGCUGGGUCAGUUCCCAGGCAGACAGGUCCUCAGAUCUUACAGCAGCAGCCUCCCAGGUUGAUCAGCAUGCAGACCAUGCAGAGGGGUAACAUGAACUGUGGGGCUUUCCAAGCACAUCAGAUGAGAAUGGCUCAGAAUGCUGCUCGUAUACCAGGAAUACCACGCCACAAUGGACCACAAUACUCCAUGAUGCAACCGCACCUCCAAAGACAACAUUCUAACCCUGGGCAUGCAGGGCCUUUUCCAGUUGUUUCUGUGCACAACAACACUAUUAAUCCAACUAGUCCUACUACAGCAACAAUGGCGAAUGCAAACCGUGGUCCAACAAGUCCAUCUGUUACAGCAAUUGAACUCAUUCCUUCUGUUACAAACCCAGAGAAUUUGCCUUCCUUGCCAGAUAUCCCACCCAUCCAGCUUGAAGAUGCUGGUUCAAGUAAUUUAGAUAACCUCCUAAGUAGAUAUAUUUCAGGCAGCCACCUACCCCCGCAACCUACAAGUACCAUGAAUCCUUCCCCAGGACCUUCAGCGCUAUCUCCAGGAUCAUCAGGUUUAUCCAACUCCCACACUCCUGUGAGGCCACCUAGUACCUCCAGCACAGGGAGCAGAGGAAGUUGUGGCUCCUCAGGCAGAACUGCUGAGAAAACUAGCAUGAACUUCAAGUCUGACCAAGUGAAAGUCAAGCAAGAGCCAGGGACAGAGGAAGAGAUAUGCAGUUUUGCGGGAACAGUAAAGCAGGAAAAAACAGAGGAUGGCAGAAGGAGUGCUUGCAUGCUUAGCAGUCCUGAGAGCAGCUUAACACCACCACUAUCUACUAACUUGCAUCUGGAAAGUGAACUGGAAGCCCUAGGAAGUCUUGAAAAUCAUGUAAAAACCGAACCAGCAGAAUUAAGUGAAAGUUGCAAACAGUCUGGACAUAGUCUUGUAAAUGGAAAAUCUCCAGUGCGAAGUCUAAUGCAUCGAUCAGCUAGAAUUGGAGGAGAAGGCAAUAACAAAGAUGAUGAUCCAAAUGAAGACUGGUGUGCUGUAUGCCAAAAUGGAGGGGAUCUAUUAUGUUGUGAAAAGUGCCCAAAAGUGUUUCACCUGACUUGUCAUGUACCAACACUCCUCAGCUUUCCAAGUGGGGAGUGGAUAUGUACAUUCUGUAGAGAUCUAAGCAAACCAGAGGUAGAAUAUGAUUGUGACAAUUCACAACACAGUAAGAAGGGGAAAACAGCACAAGGCCUCAGUCCUGUGGACCAAAGGAAAUGUGAACGUCUUCUGCUUUACCUGUAUUGUCAUGAGCUGAGCAUUGAAUUUCAAGAGCCAGUCCCAGCCUCGAUACCAAACUACUAUAAAAUUAUAAAGAAACCAAUGGAUUUAUCUACAGUGAAAAAGAAACUGCAAAAGAAGCAUUCUCAACAUUACCAAACUCCUGAGGAUUUUGUGGCAGAUGUCCGGUUGAUCUUCAAGAACUGUGAAAGGUUUAAUGAAAUGAUGAAAGUUGUUCAAGUUUAUGCAGAAACACAAGAGAUUAAUUUGAAGGCUGAUUCAGAAGUAGCACAGGCAGGGAAGGCAGUUGCGUUAUACUUUGAAGAUAAACUUACAGAGAUCUACCCAGACAGGACCUUCCAGCCUUUGCCUGAAUUUGAGCAGGAAGAGGAUGAUGGUGAAAUAACUGAGGACUCCGAUGAAGAUUUUAUACAGCCACGUAGAAAACGUCUAAAAUCAGAUGAGAGACCAGUGCAUAUAAAGUAAUCUAAUGCUAUGGACCUAAAUUUAUUGUAAAAACUGUUAUUUAAGUGUUCCUGGAAUAUUAUCAUGCCUACAGUGGCCAUCUUGAAGAAGCUGAUAGCUUUUUAAACAGUAUUAGAUUACAAAAACACUUGUGCAGGAAAGCAUUCUCAUUAAAAGGGGAAGAAUUGUAUUGUACUUUCUUCUUUUUUUCCUUGAUUAUUUUGUGUUCCUUUUCCUAAUGGGGCGGGGGCUCACUCAUUCUGGUCUCACAGACAGAGGUGGAUGAUGUGGAAGAGCAGAUUUGAAGAGAUGCUCCUUGUACAGAUAACUGUCAUACUACUUAGUAAAAUGUUCUGCAGGACUGGACCAAUACAGUUACUGUAACUUGCUUUCAUGCUGGACUGCAGUGUAAACUGUAAAAAAUGUUCUUAAAAUCCCCUGUUUUUGUGUGAAUUUAAGUGUGUCUUGGGUCAUUGGUUUUAUCAUCUCAUUUAAGUAAUAUUGUGAGUAACCAAUCUUUUGUGUUGAUCCAAGUAUCUAAAUUUGACUUUCUUUACAUUUUAUGUAUAGCGCAAAAAAAAAAGAAAUCAUUAAACUGUUCUGAAUUGGCAAGUGCAGGAGUGUGAGUUCUUGACAGAUGCAAGACUAAACUGGUUGUAACUGUUGCUUUUUAGUACGGCUAUGUAUAUUUAUUAAGAAUCCUGUACACAGAACAUUUUAAUGGAGUUCAUGACAGAAUUCUUAGCAUUGUAUCAUCUUCCUUGAUCCCCCCUAAUGAGGCAGAAUGUUAUCUCUCGUAUUCAUUAUCUGAUUUUCUGUUUUUAAAAUACAGACUGAAGAGGUAAUACCUGCUUGGGUUAUUUUUUUCCCAGUCUUCCUAAAUAUCAGUUUCUAAUAGACCACUUGGCAAACAAUAACAUAUUGACUACCAAAUGUGUAAAAUUUCCUGUAUUCACUUUGUCUUAUUUGUAAAUAGUGAACUGAGAUUUCUUGCAGAUCAGCAACAUUUGCUGAACUGUUUUUAAGCUAAUAUGUAUUCUUAUUAAUUGUUCCUAUCAAGAAAAGAUUUGUAAUAUAUGCUGUCUAUUUCUAACAUUGCAUUCAUAUUGAGGUUCUAUCUUAUUUUUAUUAGAGUACUACUUGGAACUUUCUUCAGAAGCAGCUCAUGAGUGAAAUGUCUAGAAAGAUUGAAAAGAUCCUGUUAGGAUUAAGUUAGUUGCCCAUUCAUAAAAUGAAGCACUUGCACAGACCAGGUUAUGGAGUUGAGUGGUUUCUGGUCAAAUACUGAAAAUAGAACAAUUUUCCUGUUCCUCUAAAUCCUGCAGGAGGCAUCUCUGCAGUGCCUACCCAUUGCACACUGCCUUCGUUGCAGCCUUUCUGGUUAGAAAUGAGGUCAUGGCAAAGUAAUUAUGCUUUGAACAGUUCUUUUUUUCCUUUACUGAACUGAACUCAAUACUAGAACCAAGAAAUGUAAUUUCUAACUUUCAUAUAGAUCUUGUUAAAGUAAGAUGAAGAAGUCCUGUAAUCAGAUGAGGUCAAGUUGACAGACUGUAAAUUUGCCAUAAAACUUUGUGUGAAUACAGCAGUUCUGUGGUAAAUCACUAGGGGUUUAAAAUAUUCAGCAUGAGCAAUUCCUGUGGCUGUUCAUUGUUACAUACUUCACCAUAAUGGUAAAGAUAAAUAUUUUUAGCACAAUGUAUCAAAUUGAGAAAUGCUCUGAUAAAUUUUUAUGCAAAUCACAAUUUGAUUCUUUUUAUAUAGAACAAAGUCUAUAUACAUUGUGACUAUACCUCUCACAGUAAACAAGGGGACUGAAGGUAUUCAUAACUUCAAGCUCACUUUAGAUUACACAGAUCUUACACUUGACUCAAACUGAUUUUUUGUUGUUGUUUGGAUAUUAACAGAGUAUCUGUUUAAAUUUGGUUUUUACCAGUUUGUGAAAGGAAAAGUCAUCCUACUUAAACAUACAUAUAUUAAAUUGACACAUAGCAAAAAUUUUGCAAGUAGAAAAGCGUGAAAUGUGUGAAUAGGACACUAAUAGUAACGAGGAAUCGUUUAAUGGCUUUGUGUAUUGCCUAUUUAUGCAUUUCUAGUUUCUCAGAUUCAUUUUGCAAAGAAGUAUUAUUAAAAUUACAAUAAAAAUAAAA